AGGGGAAGGGAGGGAGUGAGUGUUGUGUGUACAGCGAAAAGCGAAUGAAGGGUGAAGUAAAGUGCCAUUUUUAACAUGAACCCGUGAUUAAGAAAAUACUUUUACCUUCUUGGCCAUUUGUUGAAGAUUUCUAAUGUGAACGUUUAUCGAUGGACAUGCAUAGGCUGAAAAAUGGAGCUGAUAAGAAAGAGGGUGAUGCUGUGUCUCAAACUUCCUCUCAUCAGAGGAGAAAAAAGAAUGGUGAUAGAUCCAAGCAAUCCAGUGGAUAUCUUCAAGAAUGGGUUCAUCAGUCUCGAUCAUUUGUGACUGCUCCGCAUUAUGAUCCGCAGUACAGUCAGCUUGUUGGUCCUUAUUGGGAAGUUGCUAGCUCUCCAAGAAUGUUUGCUGCAUUCUCAGACCCCACUGUAUGUCGUUACUCUGUCCCCACUGCUCCUCCACCACCUUUAACUUAUUCAUAUGAACCGGUCUCCCUUCCUAUUUAUCAACCAGCUUAUCAGCCACCUGUAGCCCCAAGCCCAGUUGGCACUUGGCGUUCCCCUCAGCAUGUGCCCAGUCGAGGAACCUUGAAAUCUGACCGACCAAAGCAGUCUGGUAGAUCAAAUGCCCACACUUCAUCCAAACAAUCUAAUAGAAAUUCCUCUUCAAGACACAAUUUAUCCAACAGCCCUUUAUUACAGCAUCAAAACAUGCAAGGUGCUGCAACCCAAGAUGAGUACCUCAGUUUGCCACCUGGAACUCAACAGGGCUGUGACCUUGAUGACACUCAUCGGCGAUUCAGUGACCCAGGACUCGCUCGCUCUGAACCCGAUUCAACUCCUCCUAAUAAUAUCAACAACAACAAUAACAACAGCAACAACAACCACCACCACCAUCAUCUUGAUGAAGAAAAUGAAAGUGGAGAGUGGUCACAUGACAGUGGUAGUUCAUCUGCCAAAAGUAUAAAUUAUGAAAACAUAGCAUUAUCUGAACAGCUCAACCUUUUGAAGGCGGAGAAUAAAAGACUUGCACUGGAAUUGCGUGACACACGAGCUGAGUUACACAAGCUGAAACUGCAAGCAGCAGCAUGGGCUAAUCCCAUUCAGCAGGACUAUCAGCCUGGAAUGAUAUCAGAUUUGGUUAGAGAAAUACGGGAUGCUGCUCAACUCCGAGAGGAGACAUUGAUCUCUCGACUCCGCCUCAUGAUGGCUGAUGGAGGAGUUCUUCGUCUCACACAUGAAAAAGAGAGUCCGGGUUCCAAUCACAGCCGAGACUCCAGCACAACCCAACAAGAUUCUGCAUUCUCAGAUGAUCUUCGUGAUUCUGAAAGGAUUUCGCGGCUGGAGAGACAGCUCAACAACCUACAGUUGCAGAGCGGCAGUGAGGCGUCUCGACGCGAGGAGCAGCUCCAACGCGAACUCCUCGAGGCGCAGGCAGCACGCAAGAUGGCCGAGGGCAACGUCAACAAGCUGGAGAAGCUGAUGAACAUGAUGAGGAAGAAGAUGAACGGUGUGACGGCGAGCCCGGAGCGGGACGCCGACCAGGUCCUCUGCGAAUCUCCUCCCGAGAGCCCCGCGGCCAGCGCCACCAGUCCCAGUGUGACGACGACCUUGUCGACGAUCCCAACGAUUGCCCCGACCACGGCCCCGACCACGGCCCCGACCACGGCCUUGACGACGGCGCCGAGCUCCCUCGAGUCCCUCACGUCGGCCUGCUCGUCCAACCACGGUGCCCAUUCGAUGUGCACCUCAAGCGUCCCCUUGACGGGACCUGUCACAGACCUUUGACAGCGACCGGGGGCGCAGUGCAGGGCCUGGAGCGCCUGGGGCGCGGACCCGGGCCCGGCCUCGAACUUCCUUCACGUUCCAAGGCACUCGACCUACGCGCCCACCUCUACCGUGUUGCCGUCGUCUUUGCCGGCCACGGAGGGAGCUAUGUUCACCCCGGCCCCAAGUGUCUCCUGCAUCUGCAUCCUCAGGAAGUUGUUGGUCAAAGCUAUGGUAACGGUCAUAGCGGAAAUGAUGAAUCUCUGAGGGUCGACCCUGCCCCGACCUUGCCCUUAAAACAAAGAGUGGCCUCUUAAACUCUUGUCUCAAGUAAAUCGCCCAGUAGUCUGAACAUACUCUGGGUACUUUCAUUUUAUACUUAGGUGACUGAAUGACGGCAUGAAGGGUAGUUAAAUGACGGCCUCUGUCAAUGAAUUGUUCAUAUGAUCUUAGAAAAUUGCCAACCAAGGUUUGUACCAGAUUGUGCACGAGUGAGCUUUUCAUGUGUGUAUCACUGUUGAAGUUACUGUUACACUCAUGCAUUAUGACCACUUCACUUCACGGGUGAAACUGCUCAAUUCUGAAUGAAGUGUGUGAAUUGUGCUUCAUCAACACACUUUGUCAAUCUUACUCCCUCCCUCCCUCUAAUUAUUAUCUGCACAGUGGUGGGACCAAUGUCAAACUGUUAUUUAUGUGUUUGACUGAGAUGUGCAUAAGCUGAAACACAUUGGCUGUCGAGUGUUGUCACUUUACAACCAAUGAGUUACCAGGUUACCAUUUUACAUCAAAAUUUAGGCUGGCCUGGAAUUACUCAGCUAUCAGAAAUUAGUAUGUGAAAAUAUAGUCCGUCCCAAUUUGGUCUGAUCUAAUUUUGUAACCUUUUAUCUUUCUUUCUUGUGGCAAUAGAAAUUUUUUAAUCAUGAUGGUCUUAAAUAUUUUAAAUUUUGUAAUUCAAUGAACAAUUGUUAGGUGCCUUUUAUCUGCCAUAUACUGACUUGUUUGCAAAGUGCCUUAUUAUGUUAUAAAGAAACACUAAAGAACUAUACUUUUUCACUAGAUUGGCCCUCCUGGUGGGUGAUAGCAAAGUUCCAAAGUUCCUUUGCGCUGUGGGCUCUAUGUAUGUUUUUUUUUCUUUGCUGAGUACUAUUUGAUCAUAUUUUAUUCAAUCUUUUCUGUAAUGUAAUUUGCCAUACCAUAAAAUAACCAAUUGUUUCUGGAAGAUCAUUUUCAAGUGGUUUGUCAUAUCACAUUGAACUUAUUUCAUUUCUAUGAACAACUUACCAAUGAUUUUCCACCUGUGUAGGAGUUAUUUUUAAUUCUGAAAAUGUUAUCUUAGGCACUUUCUAUCAAAAUGAUAUUGUUUUCCUGAGUAAAGAUUGCCUCUUUCUGUGAUUUACUAUAUCUUUGUAAGGAAUUUUUAUUGUUGUGCUCUAUUGUUAGUCAUGUUAAGCCAUUACUUUAGUGUUGGUUUGUUUUAUCAUUCUUGCAAUGGUUUCUUGCUAACUGUAAUGAGUUUGCACGUUCUUCUUUUAUGUCAAUUAGCCUUGUCACCUCUUUUAAAAAGUGAACUGAUUCUUCAAAUGCCUUUCUACUGGAAAUUAUUCUUGAAUCUGAAUGUUGGUAUACAGUAUGAAGAGCCAAAGCUCAUGUUCUGAGUUAGUUUCAAUCUGUCUUGUGAUAAUAUUAUUUUGAAGUGAAUUGUAAUCUUGUUAGCUUCAUUGGCUGUAAAAGCUUUUUUUUUUUAGAAAGCAUUCCUUUUCCCUAUUGUUUUUUUUUUUUUAAUCCUUUUGUUGCGUUGGGCAAGGCAAAAAAACCUGACUUGUGGAAUGCUUAUUUCAAUCCAGUGGCAUGUUCAAACAUCGAACCAUAACAACCUAGUCUUUAAGGCUUUUUGUUUUUCUAAUCAAGUUACCGUUGAGAUCAAUGGUUCUUUGAAAAAGUGGCACAUUUUUGGUCAAACAACUCAUAAUCCCACUCCUACCCCUCUCCUUCUCCUUAAAAAAAAAAAACAAUAGAAAACAAAGCAAACAAACCAACUUGUAACUAUUUUAAAUGACUUGUUUAGAUUUUAUUUUGUUUGUAUAUUUGUUUAUUUAUUUCUUUGUGUUCAUAUAAAGCUUUAUGUGUGUAUGUUAGCUUAGCCAAAAACAAAUGCCAUUGAAUUCCAGUGAAAUUUGCUUUGUUAAAAUAAAUGAGAUCUAUUUUUUUUUAUCAUUUGUUUUUGCAUGUACUUUAGCUUGUAUACAAGAUCUCCCUCCUAUUUGGGAACAUGUAUUUUCUUUUGCAAUGCACGAAAGAUUGCCAGCAUCAAUGUGUGAAUAAUUGUAAUGGGCAUCAACCAUAAAAAUGAAGUGUUCUUAUUUUAAGUCUGUAUUUGCAAUCUCUUUGGAUAGACAGUAAGUGAUGCUGUUUUGAAUACCAUCAAAUCAAACAGUCCUUCUAGAUUCCUUAUUGCAUUGCUACACGGUUUUUUAUUAUUGUUGAACUGUUUUUCUGAGCAUGUCCCAUGACAAUAAGUGUUUGGAAUGGAUUUGACUGAAAUUGUAACUUCACUUAUAUCAGAAUCAAUCUGUGCUCUAAAGCUUUAUUCCAAAGACAUAUGUAUGGAACAGUGGUACAAAGUGUUGGUUAAUACUGUUGAAAGGUUCACUAUCUUCAACACCCACCAAUACAGCUCAAAGUCCACAAUACUUUUUCCUUAAAUGCAAGGUUGUUAUUCCAUUUUAAUAUAUUUUUGGGGUGAGUAAUUUAUAUUUGUUAGAGGUGUACACAUUUAAGGGAAAAAACAGGUUAUGACAACCUGAGAAUAUUGUACAUACACAUUUUAAGUACAAUAGUGCUUUGGAUAUAUAUUUUUUUCCUGAUGCCAGGGUUUUGGUCUUUGGGUUUUAGAAAGUGUGUUGCUGGUGUUCUCCAACAAUGAAACCGAAGGGUUGUGGUACAAUCUCAAUAUCCUUCAGUAAUUAUAGUCGCAUCAAAGAAGAUUGAUGCAAAGCAUUUUAAACGAUUAUGACUUUUUAAAUGCUUGUAACACAAUGUCAAUGCUUUUUGUAUGUAAAAUUUGGGUAUUGAUCAUCCCUUUAUUGAAUAAUCAGCUCAUGCACCCUCGUUUCUUUGUCACAAAUCCAAUGCAAUAAAUAUACUUAGUUUCAUUAAA